GUGAGCCAAAGACAAAGAAGACCAGGAAAGAGAAGGAUCUGGAGGCAGAAGAUGGACAAGGUAGUACUGCUAGCACUGAGGCCGUGUCAACGACACCGACUCCCAUCGACCUUGAAUCAAUGCCUUGCCAGCACUAUGAGGGAGGAUACAGCCAAUGGCGGGAGGAGCCUCAAUAUGAAGACCAGUGGCAGUUUUGGGACUGGCCACCUGCGGACUGGCGUCCCCAAGAACACCAUCGAGCAUACUGGGACAAGUCCGACUACUAUUACCGGUACAACCACUAUGACUAUGGCCAGGAUUGCAGGUACAAAACACCAAACAAGCCUACCAAGCAUUGGUCUUCGCCGGCUCCUACUCUGUCAUCGAUGUCCAGCCGAGAAUCGUUCUCUGCAACAGAGGUGGUGGAAAUGUCUGGUGAGAUGAGUCGAUGCAACACGACACAGAUUGAUGACUUCAAUCGAAGGAUUUGGAACGAUGAUGAUGAGGCACUGGCAGCCUUAGAAGAGCAGGCAAAGGUGGCUGACAAGGAUGUUGAGGAGGCAAAGAGGAAUGAAGCAGCGUUACAAGCAGAAGUUGCUCGGCUUCAGCUUGACGUGGAGAAAGCGGAGAAGGACCUAAAAGCAGCUCAGGUCGAGCGGGACUCACUGUUGGGAGAACGUCAUCAGCUGGUAAAAGAGAAGGCAGCCUUAGAAGAACCUCAUGAGGGUGAGGAAGAAGCAAAGAAGGCAAAGAAUGCAGAAGGUGCAAAGAAGGUUGAGGAGGAGCAAAACAAGGCAGCCUUAGAAGAACUUCGUCGGGCUGAGGAGGAAGCGCAAAAGAAGGAGGCAGAGGAAGCAAAGAAGGCAAAGAAGGUUGAGGAAGAGCAGAAUAAGGCAAAGGAAACUGAGGAUGCAAAGAAGGUUGAGGAGGAGCAGAAGACAGCAGCCUCAGAAGAACUUCGUCGGGCUGAAGAGGAAGCAAAGAAGGCAAAGGAAGCAGAGGAUGAAAAGAAGGUUGAGGAGGAGCAGAAGAAGAAAGCCUCAGAAGAACUUCGUCGGGCUGAGGAGGAAGCAAAGAAGGCAAAGGAAGCAGAGGAUGCAAAGAAGGUUGAGGAGGAGCAGAAGAAGAAAGUCUCAGAAGAACUUCGUCGGGCUGAGGAGGAAGCAAAGAAGGCAAAGGAAGCAAAGGAUGAAAAGCAGGUUGAGGAGGAGCAGAAGACAGCAGCCUCAGAGGAAGCGAAGAAGGCAAAGGAGGAAGACGAUGCAAAGAAGGUUGAGGAGCAAAAGAACAAAGCAGCCUUAGCAGAACAUCGUUUGGCUGAGGAAGCCAAGAAGGCAAAGGAGGCAGAGGAACUUCUAGCAAAAGCAAAGCAGGAUCUUGAACUCGCGAAGUUGCAGGCUGCAAGAACAGAAGAGAAGGGAAAUAAGGCGGUGUCAACACCAGAGGAUGAGGAGCAAAAGAAACUGAAGCUGGCGAGGUUGAAAGUCUUCGAAGAAGCAAAGCUAGAGAAGGAGCAAACAGCCAAGGAUGCUGAAAACCUGAGAAAAGCUCACGAAAAAAAAAGGGCAUUUGCCGCCAUCAUUGGAUGA